AUGGCUGUUACACUGAAGCGCAAACGCGGCGCUGUAUCGUAUAAAGAGCCGAGCAGUGACGAGGAUCUCUCUGAAAGCUCCGGCUAUGAGCAGACCACCAGAAAGCGCACCGUACCCUCUCGACGAUCUACUCGCCGCCCACCAGCCGACGAUGAAGCCGCCAGCGAAAGCGAUCACUCUCCGCCACAACCUGCUCCUACCACGCGUCAGCGAGACUCACGAACCUCACGAAGCCGAGGAGUGCCAAGGAUAUCAUACAAGGAUGUCAGCUCAGACGACGAAGACGAAGACGACCCCGAUGCCGACUUCGAGCUGGAAGAGCAGCGGGUCGUGACCGUGAGGACAAGGUCACGGCCUGUUGCUGCACCAACAUCACGAUCGGAGAAGACUGGAGGCACUAAGACGAGUAGAUCGCGACGCAAAGCGGCCAUAGGCGCACCAUUGAAGCCGAACAAUGAGGGUCAAGUCGAGCGCAAGACGACUAUUCCCUCUGAUGGCCACAAGCCGGCCUGGGCUUCUCUACCGUACCACGUGCUCCUCCAGAUCUUCGUUUACGCCUCCCAUCCGCUUCACGACGAGAAUAUGAAACCUACCCCAGCAAUAACAUGGCUUGUACAGAUGGCCAAGAUGUGUUCAACCUUUACAAAGCCGGCUCUGACAGCCCUAUACCGGAACCCACCCAUAUUCGCAAUCAGGCAGACGCGGAAAGACCUUGUUCACCAUCUCAUCACUCCUCCACCCAGCGCGCACGAUGACUAUCGGGUCAUGGUCAAACGAUUGGAGCUGGACGCUACACAGAUGACUGCUCUGACAGAUUCGUCAAACAGCGUAGACGACCUUGCGGCUCUGAUCAAGUCACUAACGACACUGCGGGAGAUUGACAUCUUUGACCCCAUGGAUCGGCCACCCUUUCGCCCGCGGCUUAGGCGACUUCGGCGCUGGGUAUAUCCUGCCGAGCUCUUCGAUGCUCUACGGCAGACCAGCCUACGCCUGAGAAGCUGGCGAUGGAAUAGCACAUUUUGUAGCCAAGGACCUCUAUGGAUCAAGGCCAUCCACUCGGACUCUGCGUUUCAAAGCCUUCGCGAUCUAACGCUCACCAAAUUCCAUCCUGAAGUUAUUCGCGAGGACCCUGAAGAGACUCAAGGCGAGCCUACAAUGGAAGAGCUGCUGGCAUCUGCGUUAGCUGUGCUACCUAAUCUCAGGAGUCUCUCUUUCGAGACUUGUGGUGUUGUCAGCGGGCGCCUCCUUUCUUUACUUCCCACCAAUCUUACCAGCCUGAGCAUCGUAAAUUGUGGCGAGCUGCUCUCUGAUGCAUUCCAGGCUUUUCUGACUACACAUGGCUCUCACCUCGAGGAGCUAAUCCUGAAUCACAAUCAGGCUCUCGACAUGUCAUUCUUGGUUGACUUGAAGCGCUCCUGUCCCAAACUUGAGGUUCUUAGGAUGGAUACUACCUACUACAGCUCUCUAGUCAUGUCUUCUGACAAUGAGCCGCUGUACGAGACGCUUCUUGGCGAGAGCGAAAUUCCUACUUGGCCAACUACACUUCGGACGAUUGACUUUCAGUAUCUACGGAACUGGAAUUCGAGGUCUGCGGACAAUUUCUUCAACUCGCUCAUCAACUCUGCUGAAGAACUGCCCUGGCUUCACGAAAUUACCAUUAUCGCAAUGGUAGACACCGAUUGGCGGCAGAGAGCUGAGUUUAGACAGAAGUGGAGUGCCAAAUUCAAGAAAGUCUUCGCAAGGAAGUGGGAGGCACCCGAUCCUAGUCUUGCGUCUCUGAAGGCCUUCCGAGAAUGGAAGCAUCGUGACAAUGACGAAGAGAAAGUGGAUUCUUUCAUUGAGGGCAUCUCGGAAGACAUAGCUGAGAAGGCCGAUCCGGUCAUUGUAGAUGAUGGCAGUAGUAGCGAUGAUGAUGUCCCUCUGCUACCAUCGCGUGUACAGAAGCAGGAUGAGCGUUGGGGCUCGAAGCGUCUCCGGUCACGAUCGAAAGCAGCGACGAGUUACGAUGAGGAAUCGAACGAAGAUGCUACUUCGGAAGAAGAGGCUGCGUCUGACGAAGAUGAGCCAUUCGUGCAAGGCCGGUGCCACACAGUGAUCUUCCGCAUCGAUAACUUCCGUCCACGCGAAGAAAUUUUCAAUGAAGCCGACUUCCUUGACGCGGAACCCAGCGGCGACGAGGAAUGGAACGGUAAUGAGGAUAACGAGGACGAGGGUGGAUAUGCGUGGUAA